CUAACGUUCCGUUCGGAUUGCACACUUAGCGGGCAUUUUAGUACUUAGUAAUUAACAUAAGUACUUCGAUUUGAGAAACAAUAAUAUCUUUAUCUAUAAAGUGCUUAGAUCAUCCUUUUCAUACAAAAGAAAAAGAACACUAAAUAUAACAACAAUGGUUGAACAAAGUAUUCCUGUUGAUAUUUUAUUGAAAACAUUCAGAACUAGUACUGAAAAUGGAAUAUAUUUGGUACAAGUAAAAGAUAUAUUGCAAAAUAAAGUUGAACAAUUACCUAGUACUAUUGAAAAGAUGAUUUCGAACAAGUUUGAAGAAUACAUAAAACUACAUAAUAGUAAAAACGAAUAUCAAUGUUUUAUUGACAAAUUUGAAAAUCUUUGUGACCGAUUUGAGGAAAAACUGGCGAAGAAAAUAAAAGAAGAAGAAUGUUACAGUGAAGAAUCCUCAAUAGAGGAUAAGUGCGAUGAUAUAACGCUGAUUGUUGAAGAUAAAAUAAAAAAAUACAAUGACGACUAUCUAAAAAUUAUUGAACAAAAAUUUGAACAGUUCAGUCUAAAAUUAGAAAAUAAUUAUGAAAUGAAAUAUAAACAAUAUGAAUUAGAGCAGAAAGAAAAACACGAAAGAAACGAACAACUGCUGAUAAACAAGUUCGAAAAGCUGCAGGAAGAUUUGAAAUCCAAAUUCGAUAUGUUUGAAAUUAAAUCUAAGAAUGAUAAUAUAAAAAUACAAUAUGACCUAAAUAAAAAUCAAAUCGAAGAAAAAUAUGAAGAAAUGCAAAUUGACCUAAAUUCUAACUUUGAAAAAUUACGUUUACGACUUGAAGAGUGUAAUGAGUUAAAAUCGAAACAAAGUGAGCUCAACAAUAAGGAACAAGAAAAAAAUAAAGUCAAAGCAAUUGAAGAUAAGGUUCAAUCUAUGCAAGUGCAUUUGGAACAGAUAUUAGCAGAGAAGUUUAACAAAUUUUCAGUGAAAACAGAACAACACCUGGAGCCUUUCAAAAAUUUCCAUGAGUAUUUCAAACUUCAACAAGGAAAUAAAAUCGAUUUUAACUCCGUUCCACAAAGCAUGCCACAAGCAAGCAGAGAUACGAAAAGUAAAAUAUUCGAUCCAGCGCCAUUAAAAAGCGGGUUAGCUGAUCGACUAGAAAGAAUAGAAACAUUUUUAUCCAUGCACAUUUCAGAAAGAUGUCUUCGAAAAUGUUACGUAAACUGGACUUAUAAACACGAUUUACUUUUAAAACAUGGCUACGUGGACCGUAUCGACGUUGUAUCAGCUUUGACCAGCUAUUUAAAACAAAAAUGCGAACGGACUGCUCUUCUGGACAUUCAACAGCAAUUAGCAUCUUUAAAACACAUUAGGAUAGACAAAACUAAUCGUUUUCCCGUUUUAAAAGUUCUAGUCAAUAUGGAUAAUGACAUAGUGAGAAAAUAUGUUCAGAAUAUACACCGGGUAAUUGCUAAUUGUAGUACAGAUUAUAAAACUAUACAAAAGAAUGUUGAUACUUUGAUUAUGGUAUUAAGCGAUAGAGCGACGUAUUUACAAAUGGACAUUCAUAAUUUUAUGAGUUUUGAAAAGAAAUAUAAUUUGACGUGGAAUGACUAUUAGGUACAAGAGAAGUAGCUAAGAUAAUCAAUAGUUUUAUCACCUCACUUUUUUUUAUUAAAAGAUGUGUGUGUGUUUGACUACGAUCCAGCCUGGUCUAUAGCAGCGUGGUCUAAGGUGGAACUUAAAUAGUGCCUAUUCACUCUUGCCUUGAAUUCCCAAAUUACAUGUAUCGGAGAACAAUGAUGCAGGAAGAGAAUUCCCUACGUAUGUUAUGCAAGAUUUGACCAGUUUAUCUUGACCUCAAUUCAUAUUGGAGUUCGAACAUUGUUAGUUCCACUAAUUAGGUACGAAUUAUUAUUCUUUGGUUCCACUUACGUUGGCUCGUAAAUGUUAAGGUUUUACUUACUAGUUUUUGAUGACAAAAAGUGCAGGACACUUGUCAAUAUACUUGUAUUUUCUAAAUAAGCGUGACAUCUUUUUGAAUAUUAACUCAACUGAGCAACCGUUUGAUCGAGAUCUGGGGGGUUAAAAUGGCCACAUCGAAGCAAUUCAUCUUAGAAAGCAAUAUUGUAAUUUGACAUUUGCGCAUAUAAAAGUAAGUGCGCAAUGCAAACAAAUGUCAAAUAGCAAUAUUGCUUUCUUAGAUGAAUUGCUUCGAUGUGGCCAUUUUAAGCCCCCUGAGUUUUAAUAGGCUAGUUUCCAACUAGUCAAAUUAGUUACUUUUUACUAAACGUCAAAAUACGAAAACACUAAGUGAAUUUGUAAGAAAAAGCUACAGUGACGUCAUAGGAAAGCAUGAUAAAAUGUCGGAUUUAUUAUAACGUUUAUU